AGUGACGAUGGUUUUCCUGGCCUCGAGAAGGAGGAGCGGGCCAUUUUUCUGAUCGCAGUUGUUUUGAGCCGCGCGAAACUGUAAAUCGGAGCCACGGCCACUCAGCUCGUGUUUACUCUCCCAGAAGAUAUCAUCAGGACGUGUUAGUGCUGAAUUCCGGUCAGCCAGCUGCUCUGCACCCGGAAAAUAGCUCAUUCGAGUUCUUUUGGAAGUGAAAUACAGAUAUUUAUUUGCGCAGAGUAUCUGGCACGAGCCGGUUGUCGCAGAUUGUGCAAACUACCUAGAACCGCAUCGCGUCGCUGCUCUACACGCAAUCAACUACACGACUCUACAGACACCAGUCAUUCUUGACACCUAACAUACAAUGCCGCUGACAAUAAGUAUCCGAGGACCUCCAAAUGCAGAUUUUGUGCUUGGCUAUCCAGGUAUCGACGCAAGCUGGCCUCGGAUUUGCGGAGUGGUCGAAGUUCGCUCGAAAACAGGAGGUCCGUUCAGGCUCAAGACGCUGGAGCUCCAGCUCUAUAGAUCCGAGGAAAUAACGGUGCAUACGGCGAGGGUUAUGAAACAGAUGAGAAAGGAGACAUAUGCAGUCGGCCGUCCGGUCCAGCUGCACGACGAUUCCUCCAGGAAUUCGUACCUCUCGAUGAGUUUCCCGUUUAUCUACACUCUUCCAUUUGCAAGGGAGAUGGAGCUGCCGUCCAGCAUGCAUAUUCCCAAGACCGCCUCGACGAUUUACAGUCUGCAAGCCGCGGCUCUAGAGGACGAUAUUAAGGUCACCGACUAUGUCCGGACAUUCUGUCCCAUCACAAUCCUUCGUUACGAUACUAUUUCAGUGUUUUCCGAGUUUCGCCAGCAGCAAACGGUGGUGGCCAAGUCAGACGAUUCGCUCGUCGAUGUGGCGUUGACGCUCGACAGGAUAGCGUUCGGCCCGGGCGACCCUGUGCAUAUGGUGAUUGACAUUGUCCCAAACCCAGAUCUGCAAUACAAGUCGAGCAAAGUGAAGAUAAAGAGCAUAUAUAUAGACCUGCAAGAGAUUAUCAAUUUUGGUACCGUCAGCGACGGAAUCAUUCCGAAAAUCAAGACAAUUCAGGCAGAGAAAUUGGAUAUGGCGAACCACAUCUCGCUAGGCAACCAGGCGCACCAACAAGACAUCACAUUUACCUUCCCGGUACCAAAGAGAACUAAUCGGGAAGUAUUACAGCGCGAUGAGGCGGCGAGUCCCAACACUCUUCUCUCGUCGUUCACGCAGGUCUCGGCGUUGUAUUCAGUCAGCUUCAUCCUGAAGAUCGGGGUGAGAUUUUCCGGCUGCAAAGACGUCGAACUCAACCACACACUCACAGUGACACCGUUCGACUCUGCUACUUGCCAGGCACUUCUCUACCCGCUCAAUAACGCUAUCAAGACGACUGUGGGCGCGACACCCUUGCAACCCACUCCGACGUUUAUUAAGGCUAACGAUCCGGUGGCUGCGUCGAAGCUCGGAAUAACAAUGUCCGGUCAGCAGAGGAGUUUAUGGAUUGAAUGAGAUGGAAUGAAUUCUGUUUUUAUUGGCGUAAUAUGUGGUGGUCUAUGUAUGUUUUAUCAGAGUAAUGACACAAUAGAGUAUUAUUCGAUCG